AUUUUUCUUGAUCUAACUAGAUAGUAAUUGUAAAAAAUAAUAUAAUUCCACAACAAUGUGGUCUCCUUGCGAAAUGCAUGGUCUUUUAAUUCUCGCCGUUUUUUAUUUUCCGGCAAUGGUUCUGGCCGCCGGUAAAGGAAAACUGCACCGGCCAUUCAAUAAUAGCCUUACGGCGAUUUUCGUAUUUGGUGAUUCGACAGUUGAUGCGGGCAACAACAACAACGUUAUGACCGUUUUGAAGAGCAAUUUCCGGCCUUAUGGAAUAGAUUUUCCCAACAAAAAGGCGACGGGGAGAUUUAGCAACGGUCGCCUCGUCACUGAUUUGAUAGCUGCGUAUACUGGGCUCAAAGAGUAUGUGCCGGCGUAUGCGCAGACAAACCUCUCGAUCGAGGAGCUAAUGACGGGAGUUUCAUUCGCCUCUGGCGGCUCUGGAUUCGACGUGCGAACCUCUAACUCGUUGGGUGUCAUCACUAUAAAAAAACAAGUAGAAAAUUUCAGAGAGUUGACAACCAAGCUUGCAAAGAAGCUAGGCAAAAAGAAAACCAAAAGUUUGAUUGAAAAAUCAGUAUUUGUAGUAAGCGCAGGAUCUAAUGACAUAUUUAUUGGUUUAUAUUCAUCCAUGUUUAGAACGGAUGAACGCGUCGACCGUUUCCUCAACAAAAUGGUAGAAUAUGCAAAAGAAUUUCUUCACGAUCUAAGGAAGGCCGGGGCGAGGAAUAUAGCGGUGGUGGGGCUGUCGAAAAUCGGAUGCGCUCCAGCCGUCGUCACUGUAAACCCCGGUGAGGGUGGCAUGUUCGAACGCAAUUGCAACGAGUCUAUGUCGGCCGAUGCCAUGAAAUUCAACAAGAAGUUCGUGAAGGCAAUCGAUGAAAUUCAAUCGGAUAAUUUCAGAAUCUUUUAUGUCGAUACAUACAAACCCAUGGUUGAAAUGGUCAAGGACCCUAGCAAGUUUGGAUUCGAGAAUAUAGAUAAGGGUUGUUGCGGCUCAGGAUUAUUAGAAAUGACAAUGUUGUGCAAUCCGGUGAGUUAUAUUUGCCCUGACCGAUCGAAAUAUAUAUUCUUUGAUUCCGUACACCCAUCUGAAGCUGCCUACAAAAAUAUCUUCAAAGCAUUGCGUCCAACAAUUGAUGAAGCUAUCAACUUUUUUAGUUAG